CGGUGAUUUGGAUAAUGGGAUUGCUCUUUGGAUUCUUCAUCGAUCCCAGAGUCAUCAUGAAUCGGAUCGCAAUCAAGGUCGGAUCUUUUAGGGAUCUUAUGGGAAGUGUGCAAACAUGGAUCCAGAGACGCCCCAACAUAGUAGGGACUGAUGCCCAGGAUCAGCUCGUACUCCACCCUACGGAGAGCAGCCCCGACAUGAAUGCACCACAGCACCCCAGACUCGUUGUCAGCAAGACCCCCGCAGCCUCCCAAUGGACGGAUAUAGUCCCCCUCCUGUGGAAAUUAGAUAAUACGCCUUCAGAAUACAAAUCUGCAACUUCAAAUUUCCGCAGGCUUGUCAUGCAAUGGACUGGAGUUCACGUUUCGGCUGUUCACGAUAUCAGGUUUAGUGCUGAUGGCGACUACCUGGCAACCUGUUCGCAGGACCAAAAAGUAGUGGUCUGGGCCAUGCGUCCGGAGGUCAGGAUUCACUUUUCAUCCCUGUGCGAUCCAAGCACGCAGCCGCAUCGUCUUUCUUGGCACCCCAAGCACCUUUUAUUGGCGGUGAUGCUGGUCAGAAGUGCUAACCUGGUGAUAUAUGAUCUUUCGGGUGCCGGUAAACCCACCGUCAGUUCCUGGUCAGCUAAGCAAAGGCCAGUGAAGGCUAAGCAAGGGCCAGUGAGGGCUGUUACGUGGAUGCCGAGCAAAGAAGCCCUCGUUUAUACGGAGGGCCAUCAUGUUCGGUGUUUCAAUCGCGACAGUGAAGAAUGGAAUAUUGAACUCCCAUAUUCACUUGACGAAGUCGCUGUUACGCCAGACGGAACUAAGCUCGUCGUAGUUGGUACAGUAGAUUCCGUGGACGUUGAUGGGAAGCAAUUCAAGCCAUCAAAGUCCCCACCCGAACGAAGGAUCAUCAUGAUCGAGAUAGAUGGACGAGCGAAAAUUUUCGAGACGCCGACCCUAAAUCAAGUUCGCGGGUUGGAUGUGUCUUCUUCUGGGGCCCUAUUGCUCGUCACAUACGAAGGAAAGGCAUCUCCGCAACUGUUCCGCAUUCACUCAACAUGGUUGGUCCUUCUGCAAACGUACCGUCCGCCCAAGGGAGAGGUGGAAUACUCAGGUUAUAGCCAGCUCGGCAUCCGUGGCUGGACAUCUGGCGUAGAUGGGUUGCGCAUAGAUGAGUGUGCUGUGAUGUGUGCCGACAAAGAAGGCUCCAUUUUUAUUUGGGACCGUGGAUCAUCUGAUCUUCUACACACAUUGAAAGCACCCCUUAGCCGCGCCUCUCAUCUGACUGGGUUUGCAUGGAACCAUGGGCCCAUUGAGAAUCCAACCAUUGCAGCUUCCUCAGCUAACGGAACUAUUUGGUUUUACCACCCCUACGGUUCGGGCGCAGGGGAUUAGU